AGAAUUUGUAGCCAAGCCAUUGUAUUUGUGCCUGUUACCAAAAAAAAAAUGAUAAAAAUAAACGAAAUAAAACGUAUAAAGUAGGGCGGAGCAAUUAAUAUGACGUAGAAAUGAAAAUGUGUAUAAAGUUUAAACAAAUUUGAAAAAACAUACAAGUGAAAGGGUAAUCAGAGUGGAUAAAUAAGCUUUUUUAAUCAUACACAGUGAAUUGUGAAUUUAUUGAAGAAUUCAGUAUCACCUAGAAAUUUCUUCUAAAUCAAAUCUAAAUACUAUAAAUAAAUUUAUUCUCCUAAGUCAAAUAAAAGGCAGCAAGAUGUUGUUAAACAGAAGAUACGCAAUUUUUGCGACAAAUAUCAUAAAAAUGGAAACAAGUAGAAGAGCCCGAGUUUUAAAACCAAACCAAAAUCAACCAUUAAUGGUUCAACAAGUUCGGAAAUUCAAAAAUUUCGGCCAUGGCGAUAAUGAAAGAAUACCUUCUCAUUAUACAAAACAUGUGGGGUUUCUCACAAUAUGCCUUAUUGCUUGUUUUCUAGAUUGGAGAUACCUUAAAAUGAAGUUUUUUCCAAGAGUUGAUGCUGCAGAAAUGUUAACCGAAGAAUCUGAUGAUAAUGAAUCGAAUUCUUCAGUAGAUCAUGUUGAAUCUGGAGAACAUAAAAAAAAGAAAAAGAAAAAACAAAAAGUUGGAUUUCGAGAUCGAAAGAUAAUUGAGUAUGAAAAUAGGAUGAGGGCAUAUUCUACUCCAGACAAAAUUUUUCGUUAUUUCGCGACAGUCAAGGUUACGAGUUUGGAAGGUACAGAAAUCUACAUGACUCCAGAUGAUUUCUUAAGAGCCAUUACUCCUGGCAUGCAACAACCAGAUGGUUUGGGUUUAGAUCAAUACAAAAAAUUUGAUCCGAAGAAUAUUCACAAUAAAUUAGAUUUGGAAUUGGAUGAAGAUAGUAUUUUCUACAAACUUGGCAGUGCAGGUCUUAUAUCUUUUUCAGACUAUAUUUUCUUGCUCACAGUGUUAUCAACUUCGAAAAGACAUUUUGAGAUUGCUUUUCGCAUGUUCGACUUUAAUGGAGAUGGAGAUGUUGAUUCAGAAGAAUUUAGCAAAGUAGCAACAUUAAUUAGACAACAAACAAGCAUUGGAAAUCGUCAUCGUGAUCAUGCAAGCACUGGUAAUACUUAUAAAGGUGUAAACUCAGCUUUGACUACAUAUUUUUUUGGACCGAACAUGGAAAAUAAAUUAACAAUAGAAAAAUUCCUCGAUUUUCAAGAACAACUCCAAAAAGAAAUAUUGAACCUUGAAUUUGAACGUCGCAAUCCCGAUACUAAUGGAAACAUUAGUGAAAUAGAUUUUACCGAAUUACUGUUGGCAUACGCUGGUUAUCCUGAGCAUAAAAAGACAAAAAUGAUAAAGAGAGUGAAGAAAACAUUUAAAGAAAAUGCGAAAGGAGUAAACAAAGAUGAUUAUUUGAAAUUCUUCCACUUCUUAAAUAAUAUAAAUGAUGUUGAUACUGCAUUGACAUUUUACCAUAUCGCAGGAGCUUCGAUUGAUCAAGCUACUCUGAAGCAUGUUGCUAAAACGGUUGCUCAUGUAGAUUUAAGUGAUCAUGUUAUUCAAGUUGUUUAUACAAUCUUCGAUGAGAAUAUGGAUGGACAACUCAGUAAUCGCGAAUUUGUUGCUGUAAUGAAAAAUCGAGUAUUACGAGGCUUGGAAAAACCUAAAGAUACUGGAUUUAUUAAACUCUUGCAGUCAAUGAUGAAAUGCGCUAAAAAUAGCUAUUCAUUUGAUAAAUAAUUUCAUAAUAUUUUUUCCUUUUAUUGUGCAUUUGAUCAUUUUAUGUAUAUUUAAAAUAUCAUUACACGUAAUAAUUUAUAAAUGUAAUAAUAGUUUUGUGUAUUAAAAUAUAAAUAACACUUUCUGAACAAUUAUUUUCACUAAUGAAAGUUAGCAUACUUUCUGAAGCGUAACUGAAUAAAGAAAGUGCCCAAAAAAAAUAUUGACAUUGGCUUGGCUGUGAAUUCAAGUCUCUAGAGUUUUUAAUCAGUUUGUAAGUUAACAGAUUAAUAGUAAAGUUUAUUCGUUGAGUUAAUAUGGAUCUGUUGAAGUUAUUAGUCAUGAUCUCUUUUGUAUUAAAUGUUUGCUGUAUAACUGGUGAAUGUUCUGCAAGAGUUAAAGGUUUUAAUUUAGAAAAUUAAAUAUAUUGGUGUCGUUAAUGUCAUUUAAUAUUAAUCAACUGAGUCAUAAAUAAAAUGUUUAAAAUUA